CCCACUUCAGUGCUGUUAAGAUUACACAAAAAAAUAUAAUUUAAGGUUAGUUUUGAUGUUAUAAAUAGGUUACUGAAAAUACAGAAAAGUAACACUGACACACUAAUCAGCCUAGAUGUCAAAAAUAUGUACCCAAAUAUAAAAUUGAAAUUAAUAGAGGAAAGCCUAACCAUGUUAAAUGUAGAUAAAACUUUAAUUAAUCUAAUACACUUCGCAUACACCAGAAACUAUUUUCAAGCCAAUACUAACUUCUAUAGACAGGUAGAUGGCAUCAGUAUGGGAUCAAAGAUGGGACCCAAAUUAGCCGAAUUAGCUAUGAUAAACAUAGAUGAAAAAAUAAAUAAUAUCCCAGGCAUAAAACUUGUAAUGAGAUACGCAGACGACUACUUAAUAAUAUACAAUAAUAGAAUAACAAACGAUAAUACUAUUCUGAACACUGCUAACAAAUUUAACGAAAAUAUUCAAUUCGAUAUUGAAAUAGAAAACAAUAAAAAAAUUAAUUUCCUCGACAUAACAAUCAUGAAUACACUUAAUAAUUUCUCUUUCAUCACAUACAAAAAACCAUGUAACGUUAAUAAAACUAUCAACUACUACUCACAUGUCCCAGAAUAUAUAAAAAGGAAUAUUUAUACCAUGGAGUUAAAAAACAUAUAUACCAGAAUAUCUGAUAACAAAUGGCAAAAAAUAAAAAUAAAAGAGCUUGAAACUAAAUUUUUACUUAACGACUAUCCUAAAUCGAAAUUAAACACAUGGCAAAAGCAAUACUGGGAAAAUAGAUUUAACACAAAAUAUAAAUCCGACAAAAAAUACAAAACCUUCCCAUAUAUAAAAAACAUUUUUGAAGGCUGUAAUAAGUCAUUAAAAAAAGACAAUAUCAGUUUGGCUCCAUCUUUGACCAACAAAAUAUCUCAUAGUAUCCAUUAUGACAUUAAUAAACAACAUAACAACAAACUAAACGCCCUUAAAACUAUAGGAACUGUUUACAAACUUGAAUGCAACUGUCAAAAUCCAAAAACUUAUAUUGGUGAAACAGGCCGGUCACUAGAAACCAGAAUUAAAGAACAUAUGGCAGCCAUCCGCCUAAAACAUAACACUUCCCCCUGGUACUACCACACAAUAGACUAUAAUUGCCAAAUUAAUAAAAACAAUACAAAAGUGUUACAUGUAGAAAAAGACACAUAUAAAAGAAAAUUUAAAGAACACAUAGAAAUCAAAAAACACCCUAAAGAAAACUUAAUUAAUGUUUCAGAAGGCAUGUCCAUAGACCCCCAAUGGUACAAACUCAUAGAGAACGCCUCCACGCGUUAAAGAUUGUUUAAAUCACAACCCCCGUGUACGGAAUGUGGGUAACUGUUUAUAUAACAUUACUUGUCGGUAUUCUGUUACUAAGCGAACAACGGAUAAGACCAGUUGUUAAAAAUGUUUUGUACUAUGUUCCUUUUUGUAUUCGGAAAUAAUACAUUCUAACUAAAAUGCUAUGCCAUACUACUAUGUAAUCAAAAAAUUUUGUAAAAUACAUCUAUGCUGUACCAUUAUAUGUCAAGUAAGCAAUUUUAUGUUAUCAUCACCUCGCGUUUUUAGUUAUGUUCCUACUAACCAAUACCGUAAAACUAACCUUAAAUUAUAUUUUUUUGUGUAAUCUUAACAGCACUGAAGAGGGGUUGGGAAUUUAAGCCAACCCGAAAUGCAUAUGAAUUAGGAAUUUUUUAAAUAAAACGUACGUUUUCUAACCAAUUGCUGUCCGUUCGUCUACCAACUCAUUUUGGAUUACACAGAUGCUACACACUGCAUUUGAUGAUACAGCAACCACGUCCUCUACAUUAAAAAAUAUAUACUAUUUGGAUUUGAAAAUAUAUAAGAAAUUUUCUUAUGAAUAAUCUUGAAGGAAAUUGUUUUGUGCAGAAAUAAUUGUCUAGUGGUAAAUGCUUCCUUGCUACCAAACCUUUUACUCUUUUAUUGCAUUUUAAUGGCCAGUUUUUUUGUUUUAUAUACUAUAUUAAUAUCUUGAUUUAUCUAAACUUAAAUAAUCGUAAAUUAAUCAUAUGCACUCAUUGCCAUAAAAAUUAGCACAUCAAGGGAGAGCUGUCACAUUGCUGCAAAACUUGGCAGGCUGAUAAGUCUCAAGCAUAUAUGGAUAUGAUUAGAGUUAUAGCAUGAUGGUUCAUUGCAUAAUGUCAGCAGAGGGCAUUAAAGUGUGUCCCCUUUGGCCUGUAAAAAAAGCACACAAAGACAUCCUCUCUGUAGUUUACUUGUUUCAGAGGGAUGCUGUAUCACUACAAUGCCUUUACAUUGCAUCAAAGACCAUAUGAACAGCUUAUUGAGUUUUAUAGGGGGAGGAUCAUCAGGUUGAGAGAAGCCAGAUGGUCAUCUUGCUGAAUAGCCCACCAUCUAGGCCAUUCUGACAACACUGUGUAGGUUGGGACCAGGGGAUGAGAUAGAGCUCACACACAUGGCACCCAGACUCAGGAAUCAUUUGGAAACCACUAGC